CGGAGGACUCGGUCUUGAUGCUGCCUCUGGAAAAGGCACGUGCGCAGUACAGUCUUGUGCUGUGCUGUGCACGAAAAAUGUCAUCGAUGAUGGUUCCUGUGACAGGUUCCAUCGAUGGCAUUACUCGGUCCGAAAACUUUCUAAAGACUCUGCAGUGUCAUUGCCGAGUUUUGGAUUGCGACCUCUUCACAGAGCGUCGUUCGGAUUUGAGCGAUGUCGUUGUCAGUAGCACCUUUGUUGUACCACUGAUCGAUCGUUCUAAUUGUCACGAUGAUUCAGGCAAGAUGGAGUCUAGCCACUGGCCCCAUCAUCGUGCUCGGUGGAGUCCUCACGGCGACGACUACUGCCUCUUUGCUAUGGGAGAAAAUAUAAAGAAGUUGUAGAGAGGAGGAACACAGGAACGAGAAAGCAGAGCAAUGCUGGGAUGUUUCGCAUGGUGAAGAAGAGCGGACCAAGGCCUUCAAGUCCCGAGAUGGAGUUCGCUCGAAUAAUUCUCGGGGGUGGAACAAUGAGGACUUUCGCCUGGCAACUCUGGGUCGCCAUCGUCCUCUGUACAGCGGCAAUGUGUGUUCCAGCUACGACUGCUUUGACGAGUACUGGUCGUAGGAUACUUCAAUACAGCCAGCACGAUCCAAUCGGCCGAUUAGAAGUGCAGAUUCUGAUAGAAUUCAAAACGUCUGUCACCAGCGAUCCAAACAAGGUCCUCGUGGGAUGGAACUCGAAUGAUCCUCACCCUUGUGGUUGGCGAGGUGUGGCCUGCGAUCCCAUGAAUAUAAUUCCGGCCGUGAUAGCGCUGGAGAUACCGGAUGCGCAACUGGAAGGGGUGAUCCCUGCUGCGCUUGCCGGUCUGAAUUUCCUCCAGCGCCUCGAUCUCUCAGGGAAUCGACUCGGAGGCACAAUUCCUCGCGCAGUUGGAAAUCUGACUCAGCUGUCUUUCUUAUCUCUCUCUUCAAAUAAUCUGACUGGAGAAAUUCCUUCUGAGAUCGGACAAUUGUCUCGUCUGCAGAUUCUUCAGCUCGACAAUAACAAUUUUGUGGGGGGGAUUCCAGCCUCAAUUGGUAGAGCUUCGGAACUCCAAUCCUUGGAUCUGGGAGAUAAUAACCUCGGAGGAAGCAUUCCAUCGCAGCUGUCAAACUGUUCCAAGCUCUUGAGGCUGGGCCUUCAGCGCAAUCAGUUUAUCGGAGACAUUCCGGCUUCUUUGAGCCUACUACAAAACCUUCAGGUUUUGAACCUGCACGAUAACCAUUUGACGGGAGAGAUUCCGUCUGAACUCGGUGGCCUCCAGCAACUCAAAGUAUUCAAUCUGGCACACAACAACCUCUCGGGCCUCAUACCUGCAUCACUGGGUCAAUUGUCGUCGUUGAGAGUCAUAGCCCUCGGGGAUAACACCUUCGACGUUCAGGAGGUGCCGUCGUGGUUGAGCUCUCUUCACAACCUGGUUGAGCUUCACCUCUUCCUCAUGAAUCUCAAAGGUGAUAUCAUGCCGCUUCUCGUCAACCUUCCACAAUUGGAGGUCAUAGAUUGUUGGGGAAAUGCGCUCACAGGCACCAUCCCGCCUGAAGUGGGCAACUUGAGGAAUCUCACCAGCUUUGAUUUGACCGCUAACCCAUUGAUAGGAGGAAUCCCGGACGAGAUUGGGUUGCUGACCAAGUUGAGGGGCUUGCAUUUAUGGGGCACGGGCAUUGGAGGCCAAUUUCCAGCUACCAUGGGAAACAUGUCUUCCCUGCUGGAGAUUGUGGUGGAACAGGCUGGAGUCCGAGGUCCCGUGCCUCCAGAAUUCGGUCGGCUCAAGAACAUGCGACGUCUGUGCAUACCCUACAAUAGCCUCGAGGGGCCUCUCCCCAUUGAGCUGAGCAACCUGACGAACUUGAUGCACAUCAGGGCGCAAGGAAAUCUGUUCACGGGUAAACUGUUAGUCGACUUUUCUAAAAUGCCGAUGUUGAACCGCAUGGAUUUAUCGGAUAACCAGUUGGAGGGAGCUCUUCCUACCUCGAUGGUCAACUGCCCACUUUAUCUGCUGAAUCUCUCCUCGAAUCAUUUCCAAGGACCGAUCCCUGCAUUGUACGGCAACUUGAGCAGUCUGCAAAUGCUGUAUCUGGACAAGAACAGACUGACCGGAAGCUUGCCUGUCGAGCUGACGAGACCGAAGAUGCUGGGAGAUAUAAGGGUAGCCUCAAACUUCCUCUCGGGCCCCAUCCCGCAGUCCAUAGGUCGUCUGCAAUGGCUCUACUACCUCCACUUGCAAGACAACCGCCUGACAGGAGAAAUUCCGCCAAGCUUGAGCCAGUGCAUAAUGUUGGUGGACCUCAAUUUAGCCAGUAACUACCUCACAGGUCCAAUUGCUGGGAAAGGAUUCGGAAACUUCUCGGAGUCGCUCACUCGGCUCAUCCUCUCGAACAAUCUGUUGACUGGGAUCCUUCCGCCUGAGCUGGGAUACCUUCAGAAGCUCCUGGUGUUGGAUCUCUCGGGUAACCAUUUCUCCGGGACAAUCCCGGCUACUCUUAGUCUGGACAGGGCAUUGCAGGUGAUCGAUCUGUCGCACAACAAUCUCCAAGGUCAGAUUCCCAAGGUUCUGGGGCAGCUUCAAGACCUCACCUCUGUGGACUUCUCGAGCAAUAAUUUGACAGGUUCCAUUCCAGACACGGGGAUCUUUUUGAAAGUGCCCGCGUCAGCGUACUCUGGCAAUCCGAAUUUGUGCGGGGCAAUUUUGUCGAAGAAAUGUGCAGACAUGCCGACGACUGCCUGCAGCGGAAUUCAGUGCAGGAGGGUGUGGAUCCCAAUCGUAGCCACCGUGCCUUCCGCAAUAAUCUUGGGUGUGGCCGUGUACCUGUGGUGGCUCAUCCUUUUCUCCGGUCGUUUCAAACCAGAAUCAUCGACAGUGAAGAUGCACUUCGGCCCCAGGGUGCCGAGGAAAUUCACCGUCCAGGAUCUCGACGCGGCGACCAAUGGGUUCAACUCUGAUAAUGUUCUCGGAACGGGAGCCAGGAGCACCGUGUACAGGGGCAGGUUAGCUUCGGGGAGUGCAGCAGAAGGCAUCACCAUCGCCUUGAAGGUCCUGACGUUGGGACACCGUCAUGAUGCUAAAGCUAUGGCGGAGCUUUCCGGCGAGGUGCAGACUCUCCUGAAGCUCAAACACAUCAACAUUGUGAACCUUCUCGGCUUCUGUUGCCACGAGAAGAUGAUGGCCCUCAUUCUGGAGUACAUGCCCAAUGGUUCUCUGCACGAUCACCUGUACAAGAAUCCCAGGAACCCACUCAGCUGGGAAGUCAGAUUGGACAUCGCUCUCGGUGUUGCAAACGGGAUGGUGCACCUUCAUGAGGAAGCCAGUGAACCAGUGAUUCAUUGCGAUCUGAAGCCCAGCAACAUUCUUCUGGACAAGGACUUCCAAGCUCGAAUUAGUGACUUCGGCAUUUCAAGACUGACGGAUUGGGGCCAAGAGGAACUCUCCGUUUCCUCCCUCAAUGGCACGAGGGGAUACAUCCCACCAGAAUAUGCGAUGUCGCCGAAGGUUUCGACGAAAGGGGAUGUGUACAGCUAUGGCGUGGUUCUGUUAGAAAUGUUGACGGGGAAGCAGCCUCUGAACAAGGAGUUUUUAGACGAAGGUCAUGUACAUAGUGGAAUCGUGGGAUGGGUGGCGGAGAAGACUUCUGAUGACAGCAAUUUUAAGGAGAUAUUGGACCCUACACUUUUAGAAAACGCGAGUGAGAUUAGUUUAAAGCAGAUGGGAAUGGUGCUAAUAAUUGCGAAAACGUGCACCCUAGAGAUUCCCAGGAAUCGGCCGAAAAUGAGAGACGUGGCGGAAGCGCUCCUGAAAAUCACGAGAAAACGCUAACCUUCGCUCCACGCCAAAUCUAGCCUAGCUAGGAAAUUGUUGCUUGCAUUCACUGGCAACAACUAGACACCUUAGAGAAAUAAACGUAGAAAUUUCCUGUGCAGAUUCAUUGGACCUCCUUGUUAUUCAGCUCUCACUCAAUAGUACGUUCUCUCCGUAGCUCAACCAUUAUUGGUCAUAGUUCUAUCCUCUUUUUUGAUGUUGCAUGUACACCUCAUGUACAUAUGAAUCUAUUAUUGAGUUGUACCCUCGGAAAAGAGCAGAUUGUACAACUAUGCAUGUUAACAUUUCCUGGCUGUGAGCGGU